GAUCGAUUUCAAGAUAUUGAUUCAACCAGUUUGUCCUUAUAUAAGGUUGGGUUUAUAUCUGUUAGUGUCAUAAUCAACAACUUAAGAAACAUCAAUGAAUUUGAAGUAGAGGGUGCAAUAAGAAUGGAACCGCAAGAUAGAAUUUUUACUCAUUUCCCUAUACAACCUCAACGUAUCUAUUCUGGUGAAAAGGGAAUCAAUGUUAUCGUGUACCCUCCUACUGAAACGGUGCCAGAGGUACUAAGCAAAGAUAAAUAA